AGGAAAUGAAAGCAAACAGGAAAUACAUUUAAAAAAAACCCACACAGAAAUAAAAAAGAGCAGUCAAAUGCAGAGGCAGAGCUCUGAAUUUUCCUUUAAACUUUCAAUAAGUUUAGCUCGGUAAUAGAGAGAAAUGGCCCCCAAAGACAUUGAAUGCCAAACCGAAUUGAUAUUAAACUGUCUUUUCGAGGACGAGUCAAAAGUCUCAGUGCGAGCCUUCGAGAAGGCAGCGUCUGCUAAAGCACCGUUUCGUCUGCAAAACUCGGUUCCGUUCCGCGCCGAAGGCUUGGUUGCAGAUGGUCCAGAAGAGGAUGACAGUUUUGAUCCUGUAAUAAUCGCCGACCAGCUGCGGAGCAUCGCUGACCAAUACAACGAUGCUGUGCUACAGCCCAUGAUGGAUGAGUUUCUAACGCAAGCCCGAAUGGCAGCAGCAGAUCAGCUAGCAGCUAUGUUUUCACAGACGGUGGAUCAUCUCAGUAAAAACUGGGCUUCGCAGGGUGGUGAUGUCAGACAGGAGAUGUGUGCUCUUAAAGCAGCCACGGCGUUGGGUUUGUACGCUCGCAAGAAGUGCCCAGAACUGAGCUCAAUCCGCAGUGCCAUGGCACAGUUCGUGAACACUCGCCUGGGGGACUGGAUUGCACAGCAGGGGGGCUGGGGUCAGGUUGCAUCCAGGUAGAAGAACAGAGUGAAGGGACGCCUGGGGGAGUGCAGCAGAUUCACUGGGUUUGAAUGGGACUCCGAGCACACUGCAAAGCUAACUAAGGGAUACUACAUUCCAGCCAUUCUACAGCUAUUGAAACAGGAACAUUAUAAUACACUAUCAAAUCUGUGGGCUCUGUUGAUUCUCCAAUAAAAAACAACUAAUGUUUC